UCUCGGGAAGGCGCCGCGCCUCUCGCGGGAGCAGCCGGCCAAGAUGGCGGCGGCGGCGCCGGGCCGUUGAGUGGGGGCCCCCGCGGGCGGGCGCCUUGGUGGCGGCGGCGGGAGAUGCCGGCGGGACGGGACUGAGCGCCUCCACCCUCCGGCUGCGGCCAGCCUUCCCGGCGGCGCCCCGCCGGCCGCGGGGCCGCCGCUGGCGAUGACCGGAGAGAAGCUGCGCUCGCUGCGCAGGGACCACAAGCCCAGCAAAGAGGACGGGGACCUGCUGGCGCCCGGCGAGGAGGAGGCGGCCGCCGCGCCCGGAGGCAUCUUCACCGGGGGGCGCGGGAGCAGCGGCAAGGGCGGGCGGGCCGGCGGCCACCGCAUCUUCAGCAACCACCACCACCGGCUGCCGCUGAAGGGGGGGCCGGCGGGCGGCGGGACGGGCCCGCCCGCGGAGCCCGACAAGUGCCCGGCGCACUUCCCCGUCCACGAGUGCGUCUUCAAGGGGGACGUGCGGCGGCUCUCGGCCCUCAUCCGCACCCAGGGCAUCGGCCAGAAGGACAGCCACGGAAACACUCCUCUGCAUCUCGCUGUGAUGUUGGGACAUAAAGAAUGUGCCCACUUGCUUUUAGCCCAUAAUGCUCCAGUAAAGGUGAAAAAUGCUCAGGGAUGGAGCCCUCUUGCAGAAGCCAUCAGCUAUGGAGACAGACAAAUGAUUACAGCACUCCUAAGGAAGCUCAAACAGCAGUCCAGGGAAAGUGUUGAAGAAAAGAGACCUCGAUUAUUAAAAGCCCUGAAAGAGCUAGGUGACUUCUAUCUAGAGCUUCACUGGGAUUUUCAAAGUUGGGUGCCUUUACUUUCCCGAAUUCUGCCUUCUGAUGCAUGUAAAAUACACAAACAAGGUAUAAAUAUCAGGCUGGACACAACUCUCAUAGACUUUACCGACAUGAAGUGCCAACGAGGGGAUUUAAGCUUCAUUUUUAACGGUGAUGCCGCACCCUCUGAAUCUUUUGUAGUUUUAGACAAUGAACAAAAAGUUUACCAGCGAAUACAUCACGAGGAAUCUGAGAUGGAAACAGAAGAAGAGGUUGACAUUUUGAUGAGCAGCGAUAUUUACUCGGCAACGUUAUCAACCAAAUCCAUCACCUUCACGCGGGCCCAGACGGGGUGGCUUUUUAGAGAAGACAAAACAGAAAGAGUAGGAAACUUCUUGGCAGACUUCUACUUGGUGAAUGGACUUGUAUUAGAGUCCAGGAAAAGAAGAGAGCAUCUCAGUGAGGAGGAUAUUCUUCGCAAUAAAGCUAUCAUGGAGAGCCUCAGUAAAGGUGGCAACUUAAUGGAACAAAAUUUUGAGCCCGUCAGACGGCAGUCGCUCACGCCGCCCUCGCCCAACACCAUUACGUGGGAAGAGUACAUCUCUGCUGAGAAUGGAAAGGCUCCUCACCUGGGCCGGGAGCUGGUCUGCAAAGAGAGCAAGAAAACCUUCAAAGCCACCAUAGCCAUGAGCCAGGAGUUCCCCUUGGGAAUCGAGUCAUUGUUGAAUGUUCUAGAAGUAAUUGCACCCUUCAAGCACUUUAACAAACUUAGAGAAUUUGUUCAGAUGAAGCUUCCACCAGGCUUUCCUGUAAAAUUAGAUAUCCCUGUGUUUCCCACCAUCACAGCCACUGUGACCUUCCAGGAGUUCCGUUACGACGAGUUUGACGACUCCAUCUUCACUAUCCCCGACGACUACAAGGAGGACCCCAGCCGUUUCCCCGACCUCUAACUCAACUGGAAGCCUCGUGGUGAGCACCGGCACCAGCCUUCCCGUGGCAAAAGCCAAGGGAUGCCCCCAGCCCACGGACAGAGAUGGGAAAGCGGCUCGGAAAGAAAGGGAUAAACUUCAAUAAUCCAGAAUAUAAAGGGAACAGGCGUCGACUGACUGAUGUUAGUCCCUGUAACGGGCAUCUCAUGUAGUUCCUGGUCUCCAGCGAGUCUCCCCGUGUCUCCCUCACCCUUUUCUACGUGCAGUGCUGCGGGCGAGGGGCUCUGUCACCCCACAACACUCAACAGCCCUGAGGACUAGCAUUCGUUUUUAAAUUUUUUACAUUUCUUGGUGAUACAAAAAGCACUCUUUGGACCAUUAGCGUUAACAGUUGAGAUGUCUUAGCUGGAUCUUAGCCCGGUGACACACCCCGCCACUCUUUCAGAUGACCAUAUUAUAUUCUUUCAAGCUUUGUUUUCCUGAAUUGUAAACUAUGUAUCAUUCUGUAUAGCUCAGUAAUUUGAAUGUUAGUCGGACGUAUAUUAGAAGGAAUGUGUUUUCUGUAGAGGAAUGAACCAAAUGGUAACCAUUAAAAAAAAAAACAAAUCACUGCAUUUUCCUCCUGCAGUAGAGCUCGGAGGCAGCGCUGGCUCUGGGGGGAGGCAGGGACCCCCCCAGCACCCACAGCCACCCGAGGUGCUGCUGGCCCUGUCUGGGACCCUGUGCUUCCUCCCCCAGCCCUUCCUCACCCCCCUUGGCUCUGCCCUUCCCUCCCCUCCCUCCUGCUGUCCCUGCCCUGUCCCUGGUCCUGCUGGGAGCUUCCCAGGCUGGGAAUCCUCCCUUUGUCCCUUCUGUUUUUUCACCUCCACUUGGGAGAUUUGCUCCGUGAUGGUUGAGCAUCCACCGGGGAGCACGGGGUGCAGGUAAAGAGUGACUGAAGCAGUAACUCAAAGUGUUAAAUCUGCAGAGGAGAAGGUUUUUCUUGAAGUUAGUUCCAUUGCAGCUCACAGGGAAUAGGGCUCACCUCGGAAGGUUUUAAUUUGCAGAUGCUUUGGGAGUUUCCAGAUUAAUUUCCUUAAUUUCCCCGUAGCGUUCUGGCUUUCAGCGCUCCCCCGUCGUGAGCUCCUUCUCGGUCCAAGUGGUCCCAGUCCCCUCAUCCAACAACAAUCCAGCUCUUGGGUCUGUUGGGAAGAACUUGUGCAAAAGGCUAAUGGUGCUAUUUGUUUGUAUUAAGAAAUUUAGAUUAAAGUGCUGUGGUGUCAUUGUACAAAAAAAAAUAUGUAAAUAUUUUCAAAAUGAUAUUCUUUGUGCACUGUAGUUAAAACUCUUUUUUUCUGGAAAUUACAAUAGAGUUAAGUAUCAAACUUUA